AUGCAGGUGGCUCUUGACUACGAUCGAAAGAGCGAAGCUCGCAGAUUACGCGCCCUGAGCUCCAUACCUCUGAAUAAAGCACAUAGCCUCGAUAGGCCUAGACACAACAAGUUUUUCACAUCCGAUCGAAAAGCGGAUGUCCGACAAGGUAUGCGACAAGAGCUGAACGCUUCCCAUCGAGCCGACAAAGGUCAGCAUCGGAACCGAAAGCCAGUUUUGGCGUUGCCUACAGUCAAAGUGGAAACGCCUGCAAAGAGUAGUUUCGGUGCAGAUAUUACAACAAUGUCACCGAUCUCCGAAGAACCCCCUGACGACGCGUUCGCGUUCGAUUGGCUUCAGGAAAACGAUUUCCCUGCGUAUCCCUGUUCUGCACCAAUUACCGAAACCCUUCUCAACCACGAAACACCCAAGAAAGCACCUGUAGCGACACAUUUGCUGACUCCACUAAGCCUUGCGAGUCUUGCAAUCAUCAUUAUUGUGUCAAACACGUUCAGAUUACUCGCAAAAUGGUUCAAAAACCACCUCUUCACGCUCCUAAGAACGUUGACGUAUCGUGGCAAAACCCAUCACUACCAGCACGCAAAAAAGACGGUCCAGGUCUCGACGUCGGCGACGUCAAAGUCAGUGCCUCGGAAACUUGCCCGUCUGUUUGUGUCGCAAAGAUACAACUUUGUUAUAAACCACCCCAUCCAGGCAUCAUUUUUAUUACUCCUCACUUUCUCCCUGCCCCCACCUCUACUGAUCUUUUUCAUCACGAUGUCCGCCGCUUCCAUCGUGCUGUCUGUUUUCUACAUCGCUGUGCUGUUCGCAGUCGGGGCCGCAGCCUCGGCCCUAAUCGUGCCCUUCAUGGGACUAUCGCUGUUCUUUGGAUCCGGUGUGAUGAUAUGCGGGUUUUUUAGCAAUGGUUUCUUCAAGUUAGCCAGAGCCACUUACCAGCUAAGCAUCGCGUAUACGCAACAUUUUCUGAGAUCCUUCGCGGAUCAAAUUCCUCCUUCUGUGGGGGUUGCCGAAACACCUAUGCCUAAAUUCGGGCCCCUGUCCAAGUUUUUCAGUUCAUACACCGACAAUGGUGCCAAGAUGAUUCCUGGCAGACCCGUCUUCCUAACCGGAGCCAGCAUUCCAGACCAACAGUUGGGUCUUCAUUCCAAUUCGGCUCAAUAUUUACCGACUUCAAGUGGAAUCGCCUAUAUUGCUAUCUGA